AUGCUGCAGCCCAACUGCUCGGAGCACAGCCGUGCGGCGGAGGUGGCCGCGGCCUCGCUGCUGCUGCUGGAGUGCGGGCUGGGCACGCUGGGCAACGCCGUGGCGCCCUGGACCUUCUUCUUCCGCCUGAAGGUGUGGAAGCCCUACGCCGUCUACCUGCUCAACCUGGUCCUGGCGGACCUCCUGCUGGCCUCCUGCCUGCCCUUCCACGCCGCCUUCUACCUUGGACGCAAGAGCUGGGGCCUGGGGCGCGCGUCCUGCCAGGCGCUGCUCUUCCUGCGCGCUCUGUGCCGCGGGACGGGCGUGGCCUUCCUCACAGCCGUCACCCUGGACCGCUACCUGCGGGUGGUCCACUCCAGGCUCAGGGUCAACGCGCUGUCCCUGCGGGCAGCCUGGGGCAUCUCGGCCCUGGUCUGGCUGCUCAUGGCCGCGCUCACCCACCAGAGCGCGCUCCUCUCGGAGGCAGACUGCCCCAGCUCCGAGCCCCAGGAAGAGUCCUCCUUCCGUCGCCUCUGGCAGGAGGCGCUCUUCUUCGUCCAGUUCAUCCUGCCCUUCGGCCUCAUCCUGUUCUGCAGCGCGGGCAUCCUCAGGACCCUGCGGAAGCGGCUGCGGGAGCCGGACAGGCAGCCCAAGCUGCGGCGGGUGCAGGCGCUGGUGGGCGCGGUGGGCGCGCUGUUCGCGCUGUGCUUUCUGCCCUGCUUCGUGGCCCGCGUCCUGCUGGCCGCCUCCCGGGGGGCGCGCGCCUGCGGGCUCCGGAGCGCCGCGGUCCACGCGGCCGACGUGACCGGCAGCCUCACCUACCUGCAGGGCGUGCUGAACCCCGUGGUGUACUGCUUCUCCAGCCCCGCCUUCCGGCACUCCUACCGCAAGCUCUUCUACAGCCUCACCCUGCGCGCCCGCCGGCCGCACGCAGAGGCCCCGGGCUGGGACCUCAGAGACUCGGACUCCUGA